GGGCGGGGAGAGGGGCGCGGGCCGCACUCCGGGGCUGUCCUGGGUCCCAGCCCAGCCGCACAGCCCGCGCUCAGGCUCCCGGUCAUGGGACGGCGGUCCCCGGCGCUGCGGCCGCUCCUGGCACUGCUGCUGCUGCUGCCGCCGCCACCACCGCCGCCCCGGGCGCUGCGCGGGGCGCCCUGCCCCGAGCCCUGCAGCUGCCCGCCCGACGGCGCCCUGCGCUGCCCCGGCCCACGGGCCGGCCUCAGCCGACUAUCACUCACCUAUCUCCCUAUCAAAGUAAUCCCAUCUCAAGCUUUCAGAGGACUUAAUGAGGUCAUAAAAAUUGAAAUCUCUCAGAGUGAUUCCCUGGAAAAGAUAGAAGCUAAUGCCUUUGACAGCCUCCUCAAUUUGUCUGAAAUACUGAUCCAGAAUACCAAAAACUUGGUAUACAUUGAGCCUGGAGCAUUUACAAAUCUCCCCCGGUUAAAAUACUUAAGCAUCUGUAACACAGGCAUCCGAAAGCUUCCAGAUGUUACGAAGAUCUUCUCCUUGGAAUUUAAUUUCAUUCUGGAAAUUUGUGAUAACUUACACAUUACCACCGUACCAGGAAAUGCUUUUCAAGGGAUGAAUAACGAGUCCGUAACACUCAAACUAUAUGGAAAUGGAUUUGAAGAAAUACAAAGCCAUGCGUUCAACGGGACGACGCUGAUUUCCCUGGAGCUGAAGGAAAAUGCACACCUGGAGAAGAUGCAUAAUGAAGCCUUCCAGGGGGCCACAGGGCCUAGCAUCUUGGAUAUUUCUUCCACUAAACUGCAGGCCCUGCCUAGCUAUGGGUUGGAAUCCAUUCAGACGCUAAUUGCCACAUCAUCCUAUUCUCUGAAAAAACUGCCAUCUAGAGAAAAAUUUACCAGUCUCCUGGAUGCCACAUUGACGUACCCCAGCCACUGCUGUGCUUUCAGAAACUUGCCAACAAAAGAGCAGAAUUUUUCAUUUUCCAUUUUUAAAAACUUUUCCAAACAAUGUGAAAGCACAGCAAGGAGACCAAAUAAUGAAACACUUUAUUCUGCCAUCUUUGCUGAGAGUGAACUGAGUGGCUGGGAUUAUGACUAUGGUUUCUGCUCACCCAAGACACUCCAAUGUGCUCCUGAACCAGAUGCUUUUAAUCCCUGUGAAGAUAUUAUGGGCUAUAACUUCCUCAGAGUCCUGAUUUGGCUGAUUAAUAUUCUAGCCAUCAUGGGAAAUGUGACUGUCCUCUUUGUUCUCCUGACCAGUCGCUAUAAACUGACAGUGCCCCGCUUCCUCAUGUGCAAUCUCUCCUUUGCAGACUUCUGCAUGGGGCUCUAUCUGCUACUCAUUGCCUCAGUUGACGCCCAAACCAAAGGCCAGUAUUAUAACCAUGCCAUAGAUUGGCAGACAGGGAAUGGGUGUAGCGCUGCGGGCUUUUUCACUGUAUUUGCAAGUGAACUUUCUGUCUACACUCUCACAGUCAUCACACUAGAAAGAUGGCACACCAUCACCUACGCUAUUCAGCUGGACCAAAAGCUGCGACUAAGACAUGCCGUUCCAAUCAUGCUUGGAGGAUGGCUAUUUUCUACUCUAAUUGCCAUGUUGCCUCUUGUGGGUGUCAGCAAUUACAUGAAGGUCAGCAUUUGCCUCCCGAUGGAUGUGGAAACCACUCUCUCACAAGUCUACAUACUAACCAUCCUGAUACUCAAUGUGGUGGCCUUCAUCAUCAUUUGUGCUUGCUACAUCAAAAUUUAUUUUGCCGUUCAAAAUCCAGAGCUGAUGGCUACCAACAAAGAUACAAAGAUUGCUAAGAAAAUGGCAGUCCUCAUCUUCACUGAUUUCACCUGCAUGGCACCAAUCUCCUUCUUUGCCAUCUCAGCUGCCUUCAAAGUGCCCCUUAUUACAGUAACCAACUCUAAGGUGUUACUGGUUCUUUUUUACCCUGUCAAUUCUUGUGCCAAUCCAUUUCUGUAUGCAAUUUUCACAAAGGCAUUCCGAAGGGAUUUCUUUCUGUUGCUGAGCAAAUUUGGCUGCUGUAAACAUCGAGCUGAACUUUAUAGAAGGAAGGAUUUUUCAGCUUAUACCUCCAACUGUAAAAAUGGCUUCACUGGAUCAAAUAAGCCCUCCCAGUCCACCCUGAAGUUGACCACAUUACAAUGUCAAUAUUCAGCUGUGCUGGACAAGACUUGCUAUAAAGAGUGUUAACUGUUAUAUAACUAUACUUAAAUAUGUAAAAAAAAAUUAUCCAUGCCAGUAAUUUUAGCAGACUGUUGAUUUCAGGAAAUUAUGUGUUAGGUACAUUGGG